AUGACCCGGAUAGGUCUCUUUCUAUGUCUCUGGCUUUCUCUAUGGUCGGACACCGUUCUCGCCUCGGUGCUCGCUAUCGACUAUGGCGCGGACUUCAUUAAGGCAUCCCUCAUGAAACCAGGCCAGCCCUUCGACGUCCUCCUCGACCGCGACUCGAAGCGGAAGAUGCAGACGGUGGUUGGAUGGAAGAAGGAGGACAGGCUAUUUGGAAAGGACGCUGCGAACGUCGCUGGUCGAUUCCCGCUGGACUCCUUCUCCUCCCUCAAGUUCCUGCUCGCCGCGCCCUACGACUCAGAUGCCACCUCGUUCUACACCUCCAUCGCCACCGGGGACACCGUCCGGACCGAGCGCGGCACCGUCGCGCUCCGUCGCUCGGACGGCACCCAGUGGGCCGUCGAGGAGCUCAUCGCGAUGCAGUUCGCGUACGUCCGCGACCUCGCGGAGAGCACCGCGGGCGAGAAGGUCAACGACGUCAUCGUCACCGUCCCGCCGUACUACACCCAGUUCGAGCGCGACGCCGUCGUCGACGCGAUCGAGAUCUCCGGCCUCCGCACGCUCGCGCUCGUCAACGACGGCACCGCCGUCGCCGUCAACUACGCCAUGACGCGCGCCUUCCCCGAGCCUGAGGUGCACGUCAUCUUCGACGCCGGCGCGUCGUCCGUUCGCGCUACGGUCGUAGAGUUCGCUCCCGUGCCGGACCCCAAGGCGAAGACGAAGGUCGUCCGGGACGCGACCCAGAUCACCGUCCACGGCGUGGGCUACGACCGGUACACUGGCGGGACGGAGCUCGUCAAGCGGCUGCGGGACAUGAUGCUCAGCGACUUCCAGAAGCGCUACAAGCGGGACAUCAGUAACGACAAGCGGGCGAUGGCGAAGCUGUGGAAGGAGGCAGACCGCAUCAAGGCCGUUCUCAGUGCGAAUCAGGAGGCUCAGGCCACGAUCGAGAGCCUUGCGUACGACAUCGACUACAAGGGCAAAUUCAGUCGCUCCGAGUUCGAGGCUGCGUGCAGGGAUCUCAAGAGCCGCUUUGCUGUCCCCAUACGCGAAGCACUUGUGCACGCUGGCUUGAAGUUGGACAAUGUCUCUUCCAUCAUUUUCACUGGUGGUGCGUCGAGAACCCCCAUGGUCCAAGAAGCAGUUCGUUCCGAGUUCCCGUCAACCAAGCUCGCGUUCAACGUCAACGCGGACGAAGCCGCAGUGCUUGGUGCGGCGCUGCACGGCGCGGGUCUCAGUCGCCAAUUCAAGACGAAGGACAUCCGGAUCGCGGACAUCGGCCCGUACGAUAUCCAGGCUUCCUACCAGUCCGAGGUCAAGCAGCCCGGCGCGCGUCCGCGUACCAUCAACACGCUCGUUUUCCCUGUUGGGUCGAAGACGUCCACCAAGAAGACCCUGAGUUUCAAGCGCACCGAAGACUUCUCUGGGUACCCCGCAGAAAUCCUUGAGGCGCAUAUCCUUGGGGUCGCAGAUGCUAUCAAGAACUUGACAGAAGCCGGUGGAGCAGAGCCUGUGGUCAAGGCCACCGUCAUGCUCUCGGAGUCUGGCUUCGCGUCCAUCCGCGAUGCCGUUCUGACCGGCGAGUUCAAGGACGAGUCGAUCACUGGUAAACUGAAAGACUUCUUUGGUAAAGGUUCCUCCGAGUCGGUGGACGAGACGACGGUGAACGUGGGCGAAGCCGAGGAGGACACUUCGACCACGACGUCUUCGGCAGCCGCUGCAGCCUCUGCGGUGUCUAAGAAGGAGCCCAUCCCUCUGGAGAUUGAGUCCAAGUUCCCCGCUCUCGCCCCCAUGUCCGUCACGGAGAAGCGUGUUGGGCGCGAAAGGUUGAAAGCCAUCGACACGCAGGAGCUGUCGAAGCGGAAGCACGAAGAGGCGCGCAACACACUCGAGGGCUACAUUUACAAGCUCCGCGACCUUCUCUCAGAUGAGUCGCCGAGUGCUCCCUUCAUGAAAUGCUCGCAGUCGGAGGAGCGCAAGAAGAUUGCGCAAAAAGUUGACGAGACCCUUGUAUGGCUUAACGAACACGGUGACGACGCAAACACGGCCCAAUACAUCGAGCAACGCUCGGCACUAGAGACCCUAGAGAGACCCAUCGUACAUCGUUACAAGGAGAUCGAAGAGUUCCCACAGGCGCUCAACAACUCCCAGUUGUGGAACUGGCACUCGACGCUCUUCCUCGAGGAUGCACGGGCGAACCUGACGCGCGACCUCGAGGCCGGCAUCGCGGCGGGCAUGAGCGCGCCGCUGAAGUACACGAAGGAGGAGCUCGACGACUUCGAGAAGACGCUCAAGGAGCACGAGUCGUGGCUGGACGAGUGGGUGGAGAAGCAGAAGAAGGUGAAGAUGAACGAGGACCCGGUCAUCCUCACGAGCGAGAUGCGCGCGCGCGCGAAGGUGCUCGAGAACCACCUCCAGCGACUCUACCGCAAGCCCCCGCCGAAGAAGCCGAAGAAGACGAGCAGUUCGACCGCGAAGACCGCGACGACGUCGGAGGCCGCCUCCGCCAGCGAGAGCGCAUCGGCGUCCAGCGAGCCUGUGAAGCACGAGGAACUGUAG